CACCGCCCGCAGCCUCAUCACCCUGCGACAGACCUCCCCUUAUCUGCCAGCUGGAAGAUAAAAAUGAAAUGUGAAAAGCCAUUCGGCCCCUCGAGUCGCCGGCACUAUUAAAUACCUGAUGUUUUUUAAAAAAAAAUUGUUUUCCUGCCCUUUUCACAAACUCUCUGAUUCCUUUAAUGUUCAGAAACCCUCUAAUAUCUCAUUGCUCAUACCUUAAACACGAGAAAGUUUAUACCUCGCUGCUAAAAAUCUGGUUUACCAUUGCCUUUUUCUGGGCAGUGUCUUUCCAAGAUGGGUGACCCCAGCUACUGUCAACACUCUUCAGAGAUCGUCUGCCUGGCGUCAGUGGUCGCAUAACCAGGACUUGUGGCGUGCACCAGUUACUCAUAAGACCACCCAUCACCUGAAUAGUGGAGGGAAUGAGUGCCUUACACCUCCUUUGGUAGAGACAUGCCUACAAUAAGAAUAUAUAUUUAAAGAAUAAAUAAGUAGUGCAAAAAGAGAUCAAAAUGGUGAGGUAGUGUUCGUAGGUUUGUGGACCAUUCAGAAAUCUGAUGGUGGAGGGGAAGAAGUUGUUCCUGAAAAGUGUACCUCCCCCAUGAUGGUAGUAAUUAGAAGAGGGUAUGUCCUGUUCUGAAGAUGUCCUCGACAGUAGAAAGACCAGGGCCCAUGAUGAAGCAGGCUGAGCUUACAACCCACUGCAGCCUUUUCCAAUCCUGUGCAUUGGUACAUUCUAUAUUGGGGCAGGGGGUGUCUGUCUCCAGAGAUACCGGCCACGUGACAGACACACUGCCACCUGGCUGGUCGGAGGACACACCACAUGCCAAUCAACAUUUGGUCCCUCCCAACUAAUCAAUGCACACCUAAAUUAUUGGUCACCUUAAUUGGAUUAUCUCGCCCAGCCCCAUGCUAUAAAAGGUGAGACUUGGCCUUGGCUAGCCCUCUCUUACAGACCACCUCAUUGAAGGUAAGUGCAUUGAUUUAUGUUUGGGAAGGUCUAUCGUUUGUCCUGGUAAGGGAGCUGCAGCUAUCCAAGGUCAAGGGGGAUAGCUGUCGAAGUGCUUUUCCCUUGUUCUUUGUUUGUGUAACCGUACCCUGUCCCCACACCGCUUCCUGUGUAUUGUAGUUGCUUGUGUUGACCCGACUUCCCCUUGUAAAUAAAUUCCUUAUUAUUAAAACUGUGUGUGUCCAGGCCUCUACUGUUGAGACACGAAGAACCAGUUAUUUUCUAUCACAACAGGGUCCCAAUCUUCUUUAACACCAUGGACCCCUACCAUUAACCGAGGGGUCUGUGGACCUCUGCUCCAUACCGAAUGGCAAUGCAACUAGUCAGAAUUUUCUCCACAGUACAUCUGUAGAAAUUUGCUGGAGCUUUUGGUGACAUACCAAAUAUCAAAUGGAUGUGGUUGUGGUGUCCCACAGGGUCACACAAGAUGGGGACAAAGUUGAAAGCCUUAUACUUUCAUUUGCUGCGAUGGCACAGAUCAAAUGAAUACUCACAAAUCAUUCCCCACCUGUCUACAUUCUCUCAAUAUGUUCACUUUAAAUUGCUUGGACUGGGUUGAAAGAAAUCCCUUUGUAAAUUAUGCAGUUUAAAAUAAUCCAAUCCAGCUAGCAUGGUUCUCCCAAUUAGUUGGUCCAUAUUGCAGGGAAAGUCUGUAUUUGAAUUGAAUGAUGUAACAUCACAAUUUAUCACAGAAGCUUUCUUUUAUUACUUGCCCAGAUCUAUUUUAAUCAUAAAGAAACAACAGAUGAGAUCAAAGUUGAAAGUACAUUUAUUAUCAAGGUACGUGCACAGGAUACAACCGUGAGAUUCUUCAUGCAGCAAAAAACUGCUUAUGUCCAAAGCUCAGAGCUCGCAGCAACAGUCUUGUCAUCUAUUGUGUCUCACCGUGGCCGAUGUGAGAACAACCCUGUGCAGGGUCAACCCACGGAAGGCUGCUGGACCAGACAACAUCCCUGGUAGAGUGCUUAGAGGAUGUGCAGACCAGCUAGCAAAUGCUCUCAGUGACAUCUUCAACAUCUCCCUGAGCAGCGCCACUGUUCCAACGUGCUUCAAGGCCACCACCAUCAUCCCCGUGCCGAAGAAGUCUUCAGUGUCCUGCCUAAAUGACUACCAUUCCGUUGCACUCACAUCCAUCAUCAUGAAGUGUUUCGAGAGGCUUGUCAUGAGGCACAUCAAGACCCUGCUGCCCACCUCACUGGACCCCCUGCAGUUUGCGUACCAUCCCAACCGCUCAACAGAUGACGCCAUUGCCACCACCCUCCACCUGGCCCUAACCCACCUGGACAAAAAAGAUACAUACAUUUGGAUACUGUUCAUAGACCAAUUCAGCAUUCAACACAAUCAUCCCUCAGAAACUAAUUGGAAAGCUGAGCCUACUGGGCCUGAACACCUCCCUCUGCAACUGGAUCCUAGACUUCCUGACCGGGUGACCUCAGUGAGUCAGGAUCGGGAGCAGCAUCUCCAACACCAUCACACCGAGCACGGGGGCCCCCCAGGGUUGCGUGCUCAGUCCACUGCUGUUCACCCUGCUGACCCACGACUGUGCUGCAACACACAGCUCGAACCACAUCAUCAAGUUCGCCAAUGACACGACCGUGGUGGGUCUCAUCAGCAAGAAUGACGAGUCAACUUACAGAGAGGAGGUGCAGUGGCUAAUGGACUGGUGCAGAGCCAACAACCUGUCUCUUAAUGUGAACAAAACAAAAGAGAUGGUUGUUGACUUCAGGAGGGCACGGAGCGACCACUCCCCACUGAACAUCGACGGCUCCUCGGUAGAGAUCGUAAACAGCACCAAAUUUCUUGGUGUUCACCUGAUGGAGAAUCUCACCUGGUCCCUCAACACCAGCUCCAUAGCAAAGAAAGCCCAGCAGCGCCUCUACUUUCUGCAAAGGCUGAGGAAAGUCCAUCUCCCACCCCCCAUCCUCAUCACAUUCUACAGGGGUUGUAUUGAGAGCAUCCUGAGCAGCUGCAUCUCUGCCUGGUUUGGAAAUUGCACCAUCUCGGAUCGCAAGACCCUGCAGCGGAUAGUGAGGUCAACUGAGUAGAUCAUCAGGGUCUCUCUUCCCACCAUCACAGACAUUUACACUACACGCUGCAUCCGCAAAGCAAGCAGCAUUAUGCACCCCUCAUACAAACUCUUCUCCCUCCUGCCGUCUGGGAAAAGGCACCGAAGCAUUCGGGCUUUCACGGCCAGACUAUGUAACAGUGUCUUCCCCCAAGCUGUCAGACUCCUCAAUACCCAGAGCCUGGACUGACACCUUACUGCCCUAUUGUCUUGUUUAUUAUUUAUUGUAAUGCCUGCACUGUUUUGUGCACUUUAUGCAGUCCUGGGUAGGUCUGUAGUCUAGUGUAGUUUUUUUUUUUGUUUUUUACGUAGUUCAGUCUAGUUUUUGUACUGUGUCAUGUAACACCAUGGUCCUGAAAAAUGUUGUCUCAUUUUUACUAUGUACUUUACCAGUAGUUAGUCGAAA